AUGUCAACUAUUCCUCUCUACACCGGCACUCACAUCUCCAUCGGCCCCCACAAGCUGUACCUGCAUCUGCACGGCCCACCCCGCACCACCCAGCCUCUCACCAUCUUCCUCGCCGGCGCCGGCGACGUUUCUUCCAGCUACACCACUGUAAUCCGGUUACUGAGCCCAUUCGCCCCGUGUCUUGUCUACGACCGCACCGGUCUCGGGCGCAGCGAUGUCCCAGAUUUAGAUACCAAGUACAAGCCCAGCGCGACUCUCGCUGCCAGCGAACUACACACUCUACUUACAAACGCAGAUCUCCCACCACCGUACAUCUUAGUGGGACACUCGUACGGCGCCAUCAUCGCAAGGGAGUAUCUCCAUCUUUAUCCUGCAGAUAUAGGUGGUAUGGUACUCUUCGAAGGAUCAACGGAGCACCAAUACAAACUGUUCGAAGAUAAUCCCAACCUGGAUAGUGAUCUUGCUGCUCUAUUAGGGGAGAUGAACUUCGCUACAGUGACGGGAUUACGCGAGAACGCUAAGUUGAGUCGUGAGGAGUGGAGAGAGAGGGCGAGGGAUAUUGCGCGCGGAAUGGGGAUGUGGGAGGCUGAGAGAGGGAACUUGGUGGGGGUUUGUAGGGAGUUGGAAGGGAAGAAGCAGUUGCAGGGAGAAGGAUUGGGGGAGAGACCAUUGUCUGUGGUGAUGGGACGGGGAUGGGAGGAUUAUCAGAGGGUCUAUGAGAUGGGAGUGAAGAUGGGGAAUGGAAGUGAAGAGCAGAGAGAGGCGGUCAGAAGGUUUCUGGGGAGGUGUGAGGAGGUGGUGGGGGAGUGGCAGAGGGAGCAGUUGAGGUUAUCGAGGAGAGCGAAGUUGGUAAAGGUGGAUUGUGGACAUCAGGUGCAUUUGGUGAGGCCGGAGGUGGUGGUGGAGGAGGUGAAAUGGGUGUUGGAGAUGAUUAAAGAUAGAAGUAGUAGUGUGUUGUAG